CCGAUUCAUUCAGUACUUUAGCUCACUCCGGAACGCCACGGUCGGCCAUCGUCGUCGCGCGAGUAGAUUCCGCGGAACGCCUCUUCGAGACUCGACCCUUCGCGCAUCCGUGUGUUGGUGUGCGUGUUUACGUGCGCGUCACUGUGUGAGGGCAUAGUAUUUUCCCCUCUCUCUAUCUCUGCCUCUCCCUGGCAGGGCCUUGAAUCAGCCCACAAGUUGGAAGUGUCACUUUUUUGAACGGAGCAGGAAAAUUUGAGCUCCGCGGAGAAAAAAGGGAUAGGAAAAAAGUGGUUCCCGCAGAUUGGCCUUGUUUUGGCACCGAUUCCGGGCGGGUUCGUGUCGCGCACGAUGGAAGUUAUUUAGUGUCACGAAGUGGUUCUAUUUUAGGGCGAAGAAUUUAGCGAAAAAGAGCAGUGAAGUUCUCGAGAAUCGAGUGAUAGGGGAGUGAAAAUCGUCGAAUCUCGGAAGAGUUGUCCGGAGAAGGAAGAACCCCUCGCGGGGCAGAACCAGCAGCACAAAGCGUACACGGGGUCGCAGCUUAAUUUUAUGGCCUCGGCCAGAGCUUUGGUCACGGUUCAGUUGCUUCCAGCAGCAGCAGCUUGGUGAGAAUUUUUCGUCUGAAGAAUCUCUGUGUGGCUGGCCUACGCCCCUUUUUCACCCCGGAGACCGCGGGACCUGGUGGACAUUCCCGUGUUGACGACGUUGGAGCAGGCGGACGGGCAGAACCAGCUGCGGAAGUGUCAUGAACUCUCGAAUCAAGGAGGAUGUCAGCCGACUAUUCGAGUACUGGUGCGAGAUUGCUCCCGGGAGUGCGGCCUCUUCUCCGGCGGGCACUCCGGAGGACAAGGCGGCGGCAGCGAGGGGCAUCGGCGGUGGACACAUUGUGCAGAGCUUCCCGGAGUCGUUCAAGGAUGCGAAGGUGAUCGCGGACAUUCCGUCGUUUGCGUACCCGUGCAGUUUUGAGAGGCGAACCAUUCAGGUGCACUCGUUCGUGCUGACAAACAUCGACUCCAAGUGGCGGUUCGGCUUUUGCCGGCACGACCCCAAAUCCCCCACGGCCAUGGUCAUCGUGACGUACCUGCCCUGGCACGACACCUUCAUCCGGUUUCUGAACGUGCUGGCCGAUGUGCGGAAAAACUCCCAGCAGGAGUUUGAGUCCUUCCUGGCGGAGGCGUACAACCGGGGCGUACCGGAGCCCGGGGGUUGCCUGAAGCUGCAGUACGACCGGCCCGUGCAGACGUUUAGCUUUCAGCGGCCGCAGCAGUUUCUGCUGCCGAGCAUACCGGAGAAUCACAACCUCAACCUGUACUACAACUUUGUGGAGCCCAAGGCCAUGAUCGGGGUGUUUGCGGCGAUGCUGGCCGAGCGGCGGAUCAUCUUCGUGUCGCGGCGGUUGGACAUUCUGUCGUCCUGCAUCCAGGCGGCGAACGCCUUCCUCUACCCGAUGGUGUGGCAGCACAUCUUCAUUCCGGUGCUCCCGAUGAAGAUGCGGGACAUCCUGGGCGCACCGAUGCCAUUCCUGAUCGGCGUGCCGGAAGCCGUGUACGAGUCGCUCCGGCGGGAGGAGAUCGGCGACGUCGUCAUCCUAAACUGUGAUAAGCGCACGCUGGACACGCCGUUCGACGACGUGAAGAACAUGCCCCCGGAGUUGGUCGCCUCGCUCAAGAAGCACCUGGCCAACUCGGCCGAGCACCGGGGCGACCGGGUCUCGAAGAUAUUUUUAGGUAUUUUAGUGCAAUUAAUCGGCGGCUAUCGGGACGCGGUCAAGUUCAACGACAAGAUCACGUUCGACCCGGAAACGUUCAUCGACACCCGGCCGUCGCACCUGAGGCCAUUCCUAGCUAAUAUGCUGCAGCUGCAGAUCUUCCAACAGUUCAUCGAGGAGCGGCUCGACAUGCUCAACACCGGCCAGGGCUUCUCGGACGAGUUCGAGGUCGAGUGCUUCCGGUACGCGGAAAAGUCCGGCCGCAAGGUGAAGCAGUACAAGGACCUGCUCAAGAACUUCAAGGACAAGACCAACCCGGCCGUCCGGUCCGCCGUCAAAUCGGUCAAGGAGGGCGGCAAGGGCGUCAAGACGGCGUACAAGGGCCUGCGGUCCAAGUUCCGCGAGACGACCCCGCCCAAGUCCAAGCUGGAGGGCAGCGGCGUCGGCAUGCACUCGCACGUGUCCCAGUACGACAUGGGCCACCACCAGUCGGCGCCCAACUCGCCGGUCUUCAACAAGCGCCCCCAGACGAUAGCCCUGCCGGACGACGCGUCCUACCCGGGCCAGCACAAUCACCACCUGCACAACCAUCACGCCGCGAUGCUGACGCCGUCGAGCACAUCGCUGUACAACUCGCCGCACUACCUGGUCAGCAAUAACGGCGCCAGCCACAACAACUACAACACCAUCACGGCCGGAUGUGCGCCCAGUGCGACCGCCCUCAAGAACCAAACCAACAACAACAGCCUCCAGAACCACUUUAACAACGCGACGACGACGCCGGCCACGAGCAGUACGAGCGACGUGCGGAGUCCCUCGCUCAGCCUCAGCCCGACGAGCUCGAACUCGUCCUCGGAGAUGAAUCUGCUGCAGGAGUUGCAGCAUCUGGCGCUGUUCAAGUCGCCGGCGGUCAACCGGAACCUCAAACCAACGUUCAGUUUGGACUCGUCAACGGCGACAAUGAAUCGACCCUCGAGUCGAACCGGAGCACCUCUGAGCCCCCCUGGCGGAAACCAAACGCUGCCCCGAAUUCAGGAGCUAGUUCCUUCGUCGUCCCAGCCCCAGCAGCAGCCACUGCUGCUUCAGCUUGAUCUGAACGGGUCCUCGCCGAGGCGGAACCACAGUCGCAACCACCGGAUCAACAACAACGAAGGGGACGACGACGGCGACGAGGACCGAAACUUUGAUCUCUCGCCGGACAUGCCGUGUCCGCCGGUGCCACCACGGCGCUUCCAAACCGCGGCCGAAGCCCUCGCGGCCAUCCAGAUUUCACCCCCGCCCAUGUCCCCACCCUCGUCUUCCUCGUCGACGUCGGCUUCGCCGUACCGCAACUACACCCACUUCCUCCAGCAAGCCGCCGCCGCCGCCAUGCAACAAUCCAAAGCAACGACCCCGCCGGCGCCACCGCCCCUGAAAGCGUCCCGGAACGCCACGACGGCCGCGCUCCUGCUGGACGGCGGGGACGAUGACCACCUCAUGAUCACCUUAACGCCAAAUAACUCCAGCAGCAACUCCGCCAUCUCGAAUACCAACUCCAACUCCACCAACCACGCUAGUAGCCAAAUUGUACUCGAAACGACGUCGGGCAGCAGUGGGAUCGUCAGCGCCACGUUGCCACGGCCAACGUCCAACAGCCAUCAUCAGCACCAUAAGCCACCGGCACCGCAACCGCCUCAACGGCCGCCGCUGGCACCAAAGCCCACCACCCUUCUGCGCAAAGAGUCCUCCUGUGUCGAUGUGGCUGACACUAACGCUAGUACCGCCGCCAACGCCGCCACCGCUUCCACGUCAUCCCUGGACGAGCCGGACGCGGCCGCCGACCUCAUCAACCUGGACACGACCAACUCCAGCUUUGAGCUCGAAGACUUUGAUCCCCUGAACGACCGCGCUAGACCCAUUCCUUCGACGGCAAAGCCGCCCGCGACGACCCCCAGUGCACUAACAACGGCCAAGGCAGCGAUUGCACCCUCGUCGGGUUUCAAUAAUCCAAUCUACCCUUACUUUACACCGACACAUCUCCACGCCAAAGCACCACAACACCACCAGCACUCACUGUCGCAGGGUGGCAACCACUUCCACCACCAGCACUCCAACGGUGGUCUGGGUUCUGGUUCCGGUGUCGGCAGGGCAGCCAGCGUCCAGGACGACUUCGAGCUGCUACGAAACUACGGUCUAGACAAGUUCUCACUCAUAGAUGGUGCUGGGGGUGGCGGGCAGGAGAAGCAACAACAGCACCACUUGGCAGCACUGCUGGGCAGUACUAGCCCGGUGGGAGGAGCGAUGGGAGGUACUAGCAGCAGUAGUACUAGAGGUGUAAAUAGUUUUGUGAACGGUGCGGGGAGGGCGAGCAGUAGUAGAACGGCGGCGUUCAGCAAUUGGACCACGUUUGACUGAUAGAUGGCGCGCGCGCCAAGCAGAAGUAUUCACAGUUUGUUUGUUUUCUUGCGUAGGACAGAUUUGCGUUUAUUUUGUGUUACUUUUCUGUUGUUAUUUAGAUAUUAAAUUGUUUUGCCAAUUCCUUUCGUCUUCUCCAAAGUGUGCGACUUGUUUCCACUAGCUAGCGCGAGCGCUAGACAGCAAAGAUUCACCUGUUAUAUAAUUUAUAUAUGUAUGUAAUUUAUCUUUGUCAGGAAAGUAUAAACAAAACAUAGCGAAAAAAGCGAUUUAGGGUGUGCAUUUUUCUUUUGUUUAUUUCCCUCAUCAUCUUCCAAAGCAGUGUAAUGAGUGUUGAGAAAUAAUAAAGCAUUGCAAGUAAAAACACACAAAUAUAUAAGCAUAACUAGUAAUUACAACUAUAGGGAACCAGCUACCAGAUAGGACGAAGACAUAUAUAUUGACAAAAAAAAAAGCGAAAUCGUUCGUGUUGGGAAAAGCAAUUUGAAAAGGGAAGAAAUGGAAAUCAGAUACAUAUUUAUGACGAGUUAGUGAGCCGCGGGAAGCGAGGAAAUUUUAACAAACAGAUGAAAGAUUAAAGAAAAAACGGUAUAGCUUCAAAAGAUAUUACUGUGCGUGUGUAUAGGAUAACGUUGUUGAGAUGAUUUUAAGAAAAAGGAAACGAAACUAAGAAAGGCAUAAGAGAAAAAAAGACAAGCAUCGUGUGCGUUGUUUAGUAAAGAAAGUUGGAAAUAUAAUCACAACUCUAUAUGAUAAAUCAUUGCAGAAAACACACUGACACAAACAAUUCUACAACAGGUCGUCUAGCUCGGCAAUACUUUCGAUACUCAUUUCUAAAAAAGAACAAUUGGAAAAAGGUAUUUUCCAAAACUGCAGAAUUUCUGUUUUGAUUAAGUACUAAAGUGCGAAAUUUAGAAUAUUUUUUUAUUUAAAACAUUUUAUUUAACCUUGAAACACAUUCUAAAAUCGUGUAUUUUGUUACAUUUAAAGUUUCCUUUACAAUGAGGUACUAUAACAUGCUUUAAAAAAUAAAAAUAAAUACUAGAUUUCAAAAUAAUCAAAACUUGCUUCCUCUUUUUUAUUCCAAAAGGUUGAACGCAAGACAAGGUUGAGCAAAUAGGCUCUUGAAAAUUCGAAUUAGUUAAUUGAAAUGUUAAGAAGUUUAUUUAAGUGUAUUUCGAUUCUAGUACUUCAAUAAAUAUCCACUUUUUUUGUUUUCAUUUUAAUUUAGGCAUAAAUUAUACUUCCAUUUUUUGCAAGAUUUGCAGAAAUAAAUAUAAAAUGGUGAAAAUUUAUUGAAGUACUAGUAUCAAAAUACACUCAAAUAAACUUCUUAACACUUCGAUUUGAAAGAGAAUUAAGCUUUGCAAAGAAACAUACAGAGCAAUUCUCUGAAGAUUUUUUGGUGCCUUCGGUAUACCCAAAGAAGCCAUUUUGCAUCAUAAGUUUGUCCAUAUAAUUUUCCAUACAAAUUUGGCAGCUUUCUAUUGCAAAAAUCUGUAUCUUUUGAAGGAAUUUCUUGAUCGAUUUGGUGUCUUCGGCAAAGUUGUAGGUAUGGAUAAGGACUACACUAAAAAAAAUAUACAUGCACGCAGAAAAAUAAGGCAUAUUUGAAUCAACAAAACGUUUUGUUGAUUUCAAAAUCAAGAUUUUUGUUGAAUCAACGCUAAACGUCAAAGCAGCUUUUUCAAAACAACAAAAGACUUUUGUGGAAUUGAGAAAAUCAAGGUUUGUUUCAACGCAUUUUUUUGUUGAUUAUAUUCAACAAAAAUUUUGUUGAUUCAAACCUCGUACAGGCUGAUUCUACAAAACAUUUUUCUGCGUGUGGUAAAAAGAAAUUUGGUGAUUUUUAAAUUCAUUUUUUGUCACUAAAAUUUGUUUUGAAAAAAAAACACUAUUUUUAUUUUUUUAUAUGUUUUAGGGGACAUCAAAUGCCAACUUUUCAGAAAUUUCCAGAAUGCACAAAUCAAAAUUACAUAUGGGACGGACUUGAUUUGAUCGGCAGUGUAGUACCAGAUCGCUAUUUCACUUAGUAUUUAAAUUCAAAACAAGUAAAGCACUUUUAUUUCUUUGAUUUGAAGAAAUAAAAAAAAGUAAGAAACCUAUUUCUUAUCUUCAGAUUCAGUAGAAGACAAUCUUGUACAUCUAUUUUAUUUUCCACUGAAGUACCAGAACUACACAACAUUCAAAUAAAAAUAUGUACCUUUGAAUGACCUUUAAAGAAUUCUCAUGACAUAAAUGCAUUGUUGAAGUACUAGAAUUUCAAUUAUCUUCAAGUUGAUCUCAUUUUUUAAGUCUUAUUUGUUUAAAAAUUAACAUUCUGGAUUCUUUCAAGAUUGCCUACAAAAAUAAAAAAAAAUUGCAAAUUAAUUAAAGUGCUUGAAGAACAAUGAAAACAUUUUUUUUCUAACAAAAAAAUUAAGAAUUAAAAUACAUUUAGCUGAGUCUGAAAAUUAACAUAAAUGUUCUUAUAUUUUUUUUGAAUUGAAAAUACGAUAUACUUGAACGAGAAUGCAGUACUAGAAUUUGAGUUUCGAUUUUUAACCUUUUUGUUUUUUAUUGCUACAGAAGCUUCCUGGCUUUUUUAUAAAUAAUAUAAUUGUAUAAAGUAAUCAAUUUAAAAGAAAAUAAAAUUGCUUUAACUGCAUGGAAGUACUAGAAUAAGCACUUUUGAAACCUUUUUAAAUUUCGUUUAAACUUGUAAAAGAAGCUUUGACGGAUACGAAUACUAUUUUACGCUCGCUUGAGUUAGUAUUGUUGCAUAAGCAUUGGCAAAGAGCUGAAUCAGGCGUCGGUUGAAAAACUCCAUAAUUGAAAAAGGGAAAUAUUUAUAAAUAAUAACAGAAGUACUAGAACGGAUAUUAUUUUAAAAAAAACUCAUUUAAAAUCUUUCGCAGUUUUGGAAAUUACCCUUUCGAUGAUAAUUGACAGCAAUUACGUAACUUUCCGAUCAAAAUGCUCAGAUUGUGUACCGUAAUCUAGUACUACAGCAUCAUCACAUUAAUGUUUUCUUGGAACCAACUACUUUAAAUCUCUUUUAAGGCCGUCAUUUAUCUAAAUGCCAUCGCGGAGGAUCAAAACCGUAGGUUUUCUAAAAAAAACAAUAAAAACAAACAUUCUAUUUAAUGAAAAUAAACAAAUAAAACAGCGUAUAGUGAAUCAAUAAUUUUGAUACUUGGAUUUCUCUAGCUAGAACCGUAUUCGAUUGAAUUCAUUUCAUCAAAAAACUAAAUCUCACAUCACACCACACAAGCAAACCGACACAUAUUCACUCCACGUUUGGAUCCGAACGCGCGACAACCACAACCUACAUCAUCAAUUUCGUACACGUAAUCAGAAAGCAAAUAAGAUUUAAAACAAAAGUUACAGCAAACGCAUACAAUAAUAGGUUCGAUUUGUAAUUGUAUCACGAAAUAUUCUCUUCGAUGAGUGAAAUUUUUACCAACAGGAGACUCUUGUAUCAAAGAAAAAGGUAACUAAAUAUAUUAAAAUUACUCGCAAUUUUUAUCAUUAUAGAAAUUUUUAAAAAAGGGAAAAACGAAACCGAUCAGUUCUCGCAAACAGUAAGAUCCAUCAGACUCGCACUAAUUUAUAAGACGUGGCGUCCCUCUCCUGCAUUUUGAUAUCAUUUCUAUCCACCUUAAAACUUUUCCAAACAAUCCACACAAAAAGAAGCAUUUUAAACUCUAUCGGAACCACUUUUACAAUGAACUGUUUGUAUUUGAAGCUAGUGUUUUUUGAAGAAUAAUUUUUCGAGUAGCACAACACGGACUAACACACAAAAAAACACAAACACUCACACACACUAACACAGUCUGAAUAUGAAUUUGAAGACAUUUUAGCGAACUAAAAAAAAUGAGGUACUAGAACAGAAUGAAACGUUAUAUUUAUAGUGGAAGAAAAAAAAUAAGAAGAAAAAAACGGAUGCCAAGCUGACGAAGACAGGUUUUAAAAACUAUCUGAAACUGUAGUUGAGAGUAGGAAAUAUUUAAACGAAUGAAGCAAAACCAAAACCCAAUGGAUUUUAACUGAAACGACGAACAGAAAGUGUGAAGGUUGAGACAAAUUAAAGAAAAGGUAUAAAACUAGCCUAGAAUAGUGAACGUUUGUCAAACAAACGAACAAAAA